UUGCGUCACUGCCUUUGACCAAUCGGAAAGCGUCUGAACGCCCAAAGAAGGCGGUACUUCCGCUACAUUUCCGCGUGAUCAUAACAGGCAACCGUCGAGUGCUAUUUUUACUACCUUUGGGGUUUUUUACCGGCUGAACCUCCAGGCAAAGUCAGUAAAGUCAAGUUAGGACGAGUGGAGGAAUCCAGCGGAAACGGAAGUACCUGCGUCCUCAGAGACUUCACCCACAUCCGUUCAGUCUAAACGAGGAUCGGGACGUUUCCCUCCAUUCCCUCAUUCUGCUCACAGUGGGGACGUCCUGCAGGAUGUUCUGUUAGGACGUUAUCAGGUGACACAACGACACGUUCAGGUCCGGCUGGAGUCUGAUGGUUCCUCCUUCCUGACAGCAGACGGAUCGGCAUGGCGCCGCCGGUUGAGAACACAGAAAAACACUGCUGGGUGUGUUUCGCCACGGAGCAGGACGACGUCUCCGCCGAGUGGGUGAGCCCCUGCAGGUGUAAAGGAUGCACCAAGUGGAUCCACCAGACGUGUCUGCAGCGCUGGCUGGACGAGAAGCAGAGGAGCAACGCCGCGGGAGGCGUCAGCUGUCCGCAGUGCGGCACGCAGUACCACAUCGUCUUCCCCAAGAUGGGUCCGCUGGUGUUCUUCCUGCAGCAGGUGGACAGAGCUCUGUCCCGGGUCAGUCCCUUCGCCGCCGUGGGCGUUCUGGUCGGGACGGCGUACUGGUCCGCGGUGACUUACGGCGCCGUGACGGUCAUGCAGGUGGUGGGACAUAAGAAGGGUCUGUAUGUGAUGGAGCGGGCCGACCCGCUGGUUCUGCUCAUGGGCCUGCCCACCAUCCCGGUGCUGCUGGUUCUGGGAAAGAUGAUCCGCUGGGAGGACUCCGUGGUGCGGCUGUGGCAGCGGUUCUGCAGCAGACCGGACCUCCACUCAGGCUGCAGAGUUUUCCCGUCUCGGGCCGACAGACCCGGUCCAGAGGAUCACAUGUCCGUGUCCAGAACUCUGUGCGGGGCGCUCAUCUUCCCGUCCGUCGCCAGCCUGGUGGGGCGGCUGCUGUUCCGGCGCGUUUCCUCCAACCUGCAGAGAACCAUCCUGGGGGGCAUCGCCUUCGUGCUCAUCAAGGGGGGGCUGAAGGUGUACUACAGACAGCAGCAGUUCGUCGGUCAGACCAGCAGACAAAUCCUCAACUAUCCAGACGGACACGCCGGCGAGCGGGCCGCUCAGGGCGGGGCCCACACGGAGGACGGCGGCAAUGAGUGACUCCGUCUACAGCUGGGGGGCGUUUAGGGCGGAGUCAAGAAAAUCUGCUGUGGGUCUUCUCCUCCCCCAUGUUCCCUCAUCAGAGGUGCCUUCUGGGAGUUUUCUGAGAGGCAGGAAGACGCGGCGGUCAAAGAUGGAGGCUGCUGAGCCAAUCGCUGAAGGGUCGCCGUCCAAAGAAGUUUCUGCGGAGAAAAUAUUCUAAAACAGCAGAAAUGUGCAAAGAUAAUCUAUAAAAACAUGAUUAUUCUGUUGUACAAAUAAGGAGUUUGAUUGAAUUUUUGGUGAUUAUUCAGGAAAUCCUCAUUCAUCUGUAGAAGAGAUGAGAUGUAUUCCGAUCAGUUUAACAUUUCUUAUUCUUAAAAAGGGCUUGAAUUCUGUACUUUUUAAGGCCUUAAAAUGCUGUAUUGUUUGGAGUGAACAAGCGGCUGCAGUUUCCUGUUUGUUCUCACCCAUCAGUUCUUCUUCCUCCAUCAUGAGGCGUCACUCAUGAAGUCCAGCUGCUGAAAACAGAAACUGAAGCUUAAUGCUGAUCAGGUUUUUUCUCUUUGGGGUUUGUGGGUUGAAGUGUGUAAUUUAUUUGACAUUAGAAUUAUUUUGUGAAAACAAGAAGCUCCUGAAAAGGUGAAACUUGUGCUUCAAAAUAAAGACCUACAUAUUCUUGAACUGA